UCGAGCCAACGCGGUAACAUUGUGCUAUUCGAUCAGUAGCGAGAUGUACCGGAAGAAGUGAAGUUGGAGUCCACGAUGUUUCUUAUCUAAAUCUUGCUGGCGACUGGCCAUCUCACGGAAUGCUCGACGAUCUCAUCGGCCCGAUAGCGAAGAGUAUACAUGAGAACUCAUUGCCAGUCUGGGACAGCUGUAAUGCAAGUUGAUUCUCCACAACCUGUUUGUUGACAAUAGAAGUUGAGCGGCAUCGCUGCGCCAUGAGUCGUCUAGUGAACUGGUUGCCGACAGUGGCAGCAUUUAUCGCCUUCAUACUGACACUAAUAUGCCUCUUCGCGGGGUCACAAACGAGUGUACUGCCCGACACCUCAAUCCUAACAAUCUAUACCUCAAACAUCAGCCAAAGCACGGAGAUCGCUGGUUUCUACUCCAUCCAUGUCAUGUCAUACUGCGAGGGAGAACUGCGGGUGAAUCACAAGGACUUUAACAACUGCUCCGAUCGAACGUUGUUCUUUUCGUUUGACCCUGAUGCUGCGAUCCGGGCCGACACCGGGAAUACUACCACCCCGGCGGACUUGGGGUGGCCUAGCGCGAUCACCGACGACUUUUACGCCUUCCAGAUGACAUCGCGCAGUAUGGGAAUAUUUUAUUGUUUGGGAGCCGGAGUGGCCGCCCUGGCGCUGUUUGAAAGGGCAUGGUGGGCGCUCAGACGCGGUCCGCGACAGACGGUAACGGAAGUGUCGUCCAUGAUGUUGAGUUUCGUGAUGCUUGGGAUCUCGUCCAUCAUUGCGACCGUGAUUGCAUUCCAGUUUGUCAACCUGGUCAGCUACCAUGGGCAGGACGCUGGAGUAACAGCGGAGUACGGGCCGCAAUUCCUGAGUCUCACUUGGGCAGCAACAGGGCUGUAUCUGAUUGGGGGCACGACAGGGUUAGUGAUGGUGUUGAUCGAUCGCAGUCGACCUCCAGUGGACUAUGUUCCUGAUGACGAGGAUGGAUUUGACGAAGGCCCUGACGAUCUGCUGGAAGACCAUGCCAAAUCGGAAGUCCACAGUCACCACAGUGACGACUCGGUAACAUUGCGUUCACACGAAUAGCACGGGGCUACCAGGUACGGAGUAAGGAGCAACGCGGGAAUAUCCAACGGGACUGUAAAACGAAUCGGAAGAGAGAGAAGAGAAGAAGGCGACAAGGGGGGCCGAUCGGCCGGAUGGAAAUGGGUGGAAAGUGAGGGAAAAACUCGAUUGGGCCGGGCGGGAAACGGCGAUGAAGCCAUUGGUGUGUAACUGCAAAUAACUCUCUAGUAAUUAGUCCCAUUGUAUUAUUACUACUUACUGUACUGUACUGAACAUUGAACUUGCAUUUGGUGUGCCUUUUCCUUUCUAUUCUCAUGUAUGAAGCGAGAAAUCGAGAAGGAUCGAGAA